AUGGAAGGAUCUAGAAGCGGCGAGGACCGUCGACGAACAACAAGCGGAUUCACCAACGGACAAGCCCAAUUAGACAUUACACAUUGUUUCUGGGCAGAGGAAACCUCCAAUUCAAUAACAAGGCGGAGGCAUACAAACCGGGCGUUCACAAUGACAUCUGGAAUGCAGUUCACAGACCGGGGCUCGAAAGCCUUGUCUGAUGCAAACGAUCUUGCCAAACAAUAUUCUCACUCUCAAAUCUUACCUCUCCACCUGGGAGUGUCACUCCUCGACCCCCCGAUAGACGAAUCCAAGGACCAACAGCAGACCACCCAUUCCUCACAUGCCGCCGCAAGCCAGCCGCUUUUAAGACAAGUGGUAGACCGUGCACAUGGCGACAGUCAGUUGCUCGACCGAGCCAUGAAGAAAGCGCUCGUACGUCUACCAAGUCAGGACCCUCCACCAGAAACGGUAUCAGCGUCCCCACAAUUCAUGAAGGUGCUUCGCAGCGCGAACGACCUUCAAAAGACGCAAAAAGACAGCUACAUUGCUAUAGAUCACCUUAUCCAGGCCCUUGUUCAAGACUCAGCGAUACAAAGAUGCCUCGCCGAUUCAAAUGUACCAAAUCCCAAGCUCAUAGACACUGCCAUACAACAAAUACGCGGAACGAAACGGGUUGACUCUAAGACUGCGGAUUCAGAGGAUGAGAACGAGAAUCUGAAGAAAUUUACCAUAGACAUGACAGCCAUGGCAAGAGAGGGAAAGAUCGAUCCUGUCAUUGGCCGUGAAGAAGAAAUCAGGCGAGUGGUACGGAUACUAGAACGACGGACAAAGAACAAUCCGGUGCUUAUCGGAGAGCCGGGUGUAGGGAAGACAACCGUAGUCGAGGGACUGGCCACGAGAAUUGUCAACAAUGAUGUUCCGGCAAAUCUGGCAGCAUGUAAACUGUUGUCGCUUGAUGUCGGAUCGCUUGUAGCCGGAAGCAAAUACAGAGGCGAAUUUGAGGAGCGAAUGAAGGGUGUACUGAAAGAAAUCGAGGACUCGAAAGAAAUGAUCGUGCUCUUCGUUGACGAGAUGCACCUCCUUAUGGGUGCUGGCUCGAGCGGAGAAGGUGGUAUGGAUGCAGCCAAUCUGCUGAAGCCCAUGCUUGCAAGAGGACAGCUACACUGCAUUGGUGCUACGACUCUUGGUGAAUACCGCAAGUACAUCGAGAAAGACCAGGCUUUUGAGCGAAGGUUUCAGCAGGUCCUUGUCAAGGAACCCUCGAUACCUGAAACGAUUUCGAUCCUACGAGGUCUCAAAGAGAAAUACGAAGUGCAUCAUGGCGUAAACAUCCUGGAUGGGGCUAUCGUCGCUGCCGCUGGACUCGCCGCACGCUAUUUAACAGCAAGGAGGUUACCAGAUUCCGCCGUUGAUCUGAUCGACGAAGCCGCAGCGGCGGUCCGAGUCACUCGUGAAUCCCAACCGGAAGCGCUCGACAAUAUGGAGCGUAAGCUUAGACAACUACAGAUCGAGAUUCAUGCACUAGAACGAGAAAAAGAUGAAGCCGCUCGCGCUCGUCUGGACCAAGCCCGUCAAGAGGCAGCCAACGUCGCGGAAGAUCUCAAACCCUUACGUGAGAAGUACGAAUCAGAGAAGCAGAGAAGUAAAGAUAUCCAGGAAGCAAAGAUCAAGUAUGAUCAAUUGAAGGUCAAGCAGGAAGAAGCAGAACGUAUGAAGGAUCUUCAGACUGCUUCGGAUCUCCUUUACUAUGCCAUGCCCGACACCAAAGCUCGAAUAGAACAGCUUGAGGCUGAGCGAGCUCGUGCAGAUGCAGAUCUAUACGCUGUUCGUGGAUCUGAUGCCGUUCAAGAAGCUAUGCUCACAGAUGCGGUUGGUCCGGACCAGAUUAAUGACAUCGUAGCAAGGUGGACUGGUAUACCCGUAACGCGGCUGAGGACGACCGAAAAAGAUAAGCUGCUAACGAUGGAAAAGUCGCUUGGGAAAGUCGUCGUAGGUCAGAAGGAAGCUGUCGGCUCGGUUUGCAAUGCCAUACGGCUGCAAAGAUCCGGUCUCGCAAAUCCGAAUCAACCUCCAUCAUUCCUCUUCUGCGGUCCGUCUGGGACUGGUAAGACUCUCCUAACAAAAGCGCUAGCGGAAUUCCUUUUCGAUGACCCUAAAGCAAUGAUUCGCUUCGAUAUGUCUGAGUACCAAGAGCGACACUCAUUGUCUCGAAUGAUUGGUGCGCCACCUGGCUAUGUUGGUCACGAUGCUGGUGGACAACUCACAGAGGCUCUACGACGGCGACCAUUUUCGAUCCUCCUAUUCGACGAAGUCGAGAAAGCCGCCAAGGAGGUACUUACCGUCCUCCUUCAGCUUAUGGAUGACGGGCGCAUCACAGAUGGCCAAGGCCGGAUCGUCGACGCGAAGAACUGUAUAGUAGUCAUGACGUCCAACCUAGGCGCUGAGUUCCUAGCACGGCAGAACGCACCUGACGGCAAGAUCGAUACAACAACGAGAGAAAUGGUCAUGAACGCCCUUCGCAACUACUUUCUACCCGAAUUCCUCAACCGUAUCAACUCGAUUGUCAUCUUCAACCGCCUGACCAGAAGAGAGAUAAGGAAGAUUGUCGACGUCCGGCUGGACGAGAUUCAGAAGCGACUCUCAGAAAACAACAAAAAAGUCAAGAUCGUUUGCACGAACGAUGUCAAGGACUAUCUUGGCGAUGCGGGUUACUCUCCAGCCUAUGGCGCUCGUCCGCUCGCGCGACUGAUUGAGAAGGAGGUGCUCAACCGUCUGGCUGUGCUCAUACUACGGGGUGCGAUACAGGACGGAGAGGUGGCACGAGUUGUAAUGGACGACGGAAGAGUGACAGUGCUGUCGAAUCAUAAGGAUGACGAUGACGACAGCACCGAUGAGGAUGCGAUGUUGGAUGAUGACGAGGUGGAGGACUUGCUGGAUGGGGAGGGGGAGAUGGAUCUCUACAAUGAUUAG